AUGCCUUCUCAAAUGCCUCAACCAUCUCAAUCAGAAACUUACAAAGAAAUAGAACCUGCUACUACAUUUGAUGAUAAUAAAACCACUUCUUUUGAUGAUGACAAUAUGAAUGAGACAACUCCUGAUGAUGUCAAUAUGGAUGAGAACAUGGAAAAUAAUGAUAAAGAUUUUAUUUAUAUCACAAAACAAACAGCAUUUAUAGCAUUUGCCCCUUAUUUAUAA